AAUUCUUUUUUAUGAAAAACGGAAGUCAAAGGAAAUGGAGGAUGCCUUACGAAUACGAAUAUCAGAGCUGGGCGCGGAACUCGUUGAACUGCGAGAAGCUUCAGAACAAAUGUCAAAAGAAAACAACGACUUGCAAUCCAGACUUCAGGAGGAAAUGAAACUGGCGGAGCAGGGCAAACCUGCUGAAGAGAAAUUUAAUAAAAUAAAACAGAUGUACACAAAACUAAGAACGGAGCAUGUUCAGCUCUUGAGGACGAAUGCUGAUGUAAAGAAAGCUUUGACAACUACUGAGAAAGAGAAAAAGGAGGUGGAAGCAACGUUGGCGACUGCUCAAGAGGAGGUUGAUGACACGUCGGAGAAGCUUCUUGAAGCUUAUCAAACAGCUGAAGCAACGAAAGAAGCCUUGAAGGCGGCUGAGGAGACUAUUGAAGAGCUGAAGAGGGAAUACGGGGAAAAGCAAGAAGAAAUGGAUGGAUUACUUGCUAAGGCGACCAUAGCUCAUGAAGAGACGGAAGAGAAACGAAAGUUUGCUGAGGAGAAAUGUUCUGGUGUUGAAAAAACCCUGAACGAAAAGGUUUGCGAGUUAGAAACACAACUUUCCGAUAUGAGAAAAUUGAGGGAGGAAGAAGAAAUGUCAAGAAAAAAUGCAGAGGAGAUGAUUGAACAAUUAAAACAAGAGUCAAAAAAUAAGCAAGAGGAACUGAAUGGAUUGUUGGCUGGAAAAACUCAAGCGUAUGAAACGGAUACAAAACUCAAGACCACUGAGCAGAGAUGCGCUGAACUGGAAGAAUCGUUAAAGCAAACAACGGGUAACUUGGAAAGCACGGUGAAUGAAAUCGCGAGACUGAAAGUGGAAGCAGAAACGAGGCGAUGCGAGGCCGAAAAUAAAAUGGAAAAUAUGACUAAAGAAUCAAAUGAAAAGCUAGAAAAUGAAAAGAUUCAAAGGGAGAACGCUGACCUCCUGAAUAAACAGCGUUUACUGGUUCUCGCGGUCCAAGAGUCGGAAAAGAUCGUUCAAAGCUCCUUAGACGAGUUUGAAAAUCCCAAGAAUUGUGGAACAACUUGUACUGCAGAGUAUUUGGUUGAACGUAUGUCGGAUUUGUUGCCAACGCUGGACAGAACUGUUCAGGGAUAUCGUUCCUAUCUUAGCGACAAAAAAGAUGUUGAUGAUUUCGUUACCUCGAUCGGUCCGUAUUCCCAUCUUCUUAGCGAGUGUAUUCUGUUAGGAAAGGCCACGUCACAUAUGGCCCCACGCGAGGACGCUGAAGCUUUGGUGAAACACUGUCAGAACGGUGGUAAAACAACACUAGAAUUACUGCAAAGUAUGAAGGACACUGAUAUUACAGAUUCAAGUAAACUGGACGGUCAAGUCGAGGCAGUGAGAGAGUCAAUCCGGAAUAUACUGAACAUUGGCAAUGCUCUCGUGCCAAAAGAGGAUGAAAGUUUAGACAGUAUUGAAAACGCCGUUGAGGAUGAAAUAACGUCAACAGCUGAGCUCGUAGCAGAGGCUGUCACUAGAAUCGAGGAAAUGUUGAAGAACGCGCGUCAAGCAGAUACGGGUGUCAAGCUGGAAGUCAAUGAAAGAAUUUUGGAUUCAUGUAACGCAUUAAUGAAGGCCAUUCGAGUUCUCAUUUUGAAGUCGAAAGAUUUACAAGGCGAGAUCGUCGAGGAAGGCAUGGGUUCAGCUUCGGCUAAAGAAUUUUACAAGCGACAUCACAGAUGGACGGAAGGUCUCAUAUCAGCUGCCAAAGCGGUUGGUUGGGGAGCCAAAGUUCUUGUUGAUGCUGCAGAUAAAGUCGUGAAAGAAGGGGGCAAAUUUGAAGAGCUCGUCGUCGCUUCUAAUGAAAUCGCGGCAAGUACUGCACAAUUGGUGGCUGCUUCAAAGGUCAAAGCUUUGCCAAGAAGUUCCAAGUUGUCUGCUUUGACUACAGCAUCAAAGUCAGUUGCCGAGGCGACAGGAAAUGUCGUGGCGUCAGCAAAAACUGGUUCGGAAAUGAUUGAAGAUAGCAAAACCGUCCCGGAUUAUUCUAAACUUUCACUUACACAAGCCAAGAGACUUGAGAUGGACUCGCAGGUUCGUGUUUUGGAAUUAGAAAGUCAAUUGGAAAAAGAAAGAAAGAGACUUGGCGAGCUAAGACGCACUCAUUAUCAACUGGCUGGAGCUAGCGAGGGCUGGGAAGAGGAAGCAACAAAGUAAAGAAACACAAGCUCUGUUACAGUCGUUUGGACAAACUAAAAGGCAAUGCAACAGCUAUACCCGCUCAACACAUUCACAUACUUUAGAGCGAUUCAAACACAGGAACAUAUUUCUGAAUCUCCCUUCAUUCAUGUGCAUGUCCUGUGUUCCUUUUUAAAAAUUAGAAAUUUUUGGUGUUUUUCUUGGCUUAUAUGCUUACUGUAAGUCUUGUCUUCUCAUUUAAUUGACCUAGUUAUGUAAUAUACACACAUAUAUAUAUUUACACGCCUGUAAGUAGUUUUAUCUUC